CGGGUCGGCGAGCGGUCAGUUGGCAGUGUGACCCCUUCCAGAUAGACAGGCAAGACCAUUGUAAUUCUCCCUUUGCUUCUGUCUUUUCCUCCUUCACAUCACAAGCUAUUUCGGUUAAAAAUGAUGGGUAUAGUCCGCGUUUCGAACGAGGUGGUUAGGUCGUUUUGCGGCGAGGGAAGCGUCACCGCUUUGUUGAAAAAAAAAAUUUGGUGGCAAAACUCCAUGGUAUACAUUACCUAGCAAGUUUCAUAACGUUGUACCUUGAUGGAUCGGCAUUGACGCUAUACCUGGAAAUGGAGGAGAAGGACCAGUUAAGCGCAGGAAAAAUAGAAGUCCGGCUGACGGAGGCUUUUACGGAAGGGCCAUUCAUGGCAUAUGGUCAACUGAGGAAAGCGAAGUGGACAGGGCGAAUAGGUCGAUGUGUUUGCCAAAGAAAUCAGGAGAUUGGACAAACUUGAAGAAAAGAAGGUCGAAGCGAUGGAACAAACAGUCAAAUUAGCAUUUAAGACUGGAUUCCUGACCACAUGGUUGAACUGCAAAAGCUGCCGAAUAUUCACUCCAUGGCGAUGGGAGAGGUAAUAUCUCAGGCCAGAAUCCUCGCCUCAUGUUGCAGGACAACACCGCUAGAAGGGGUCAAACAAAGAGCAGCAGAGAGGGGUUGAACAAGGAAUGUGUGCGACCCUCCAGAGGGCAAUGUUUUCAGUGUCAGGGUUCGCACAUGGUGAGAGACUGCAAGGAACCCAAGCCUGCAGUAGUUUGCUGUCAGUGCAGACAAACAGGCUACAUUGCUAGUGAAUGCGUUCAGGGAAAUGGUCUAAGGGAGACUACUGUGCCGGUAGUCCUGUCGAAAGAAUAGAGACACAUACACAGUCGUUGCUAGUAGUGGAGGGAAAGGCAUCAUGAGCCCUUGUGGACACAGGCUGUUCAACAACCCUAAUGACUCCAGAGGUGAUAGAAGAAUGGAUUGGAAUGAGUAGUGUAAGGGCUUUUGACAGUAUAAAAGUUGGAUGCAGAGGAAGUAGUGAUGUGGAGAUGGUAGUAUGAGGAACGAGAUUGAGGUUGUGUGCGAUAGUGAUCGACUGCAUAGUUGACAGAAUGGAUGUGGUGAUGAGAAUAGACACCAUUGCCCGUUUGGGUGGUGUCACAUUCGGUGAUGCAGGGGCAGUAUGUGCCAUGAGUCCACAACAGGAGAGUGGUAAGAGCUGUGAAGAAAAAUAUGCUGCACACACCAUUACAGACAAGGAUUUUCGGGUUAUGUUCAACGGCUGGCAGUGGACAGUAGAAUGGUACUGGAAGGGAGAUCCUCCAAUGUUGAAUAAUGCAGUAGGCUGCUAUCAGCAUACCCUGAAAGAGGAUGCCAGAAGCGAGUUCAAGGGAGAGGUGGAACAGUGGGUCAAGGAAGGCACUCUGAUCCCUUGGAAGGAGGAAGUGGAGAGUGGAGUGCUACCACUGACGGCAGUGAGGCAGGCAACGAAGCAUAAAGUCAGGGUUAGGGUUAGAUUUCCAGGAGCUGGACGACCACGUCUUGUGCCAUACAGGCAGCGAACCCAUGGACAUUUGCAGCAAAACCUUGAGAGAUUGGAGGCAGACGAUAGGGGGCUCCACAAACGUCGAUUUGAAGUCGGCACACCUAAAGUUGCAUGUGGCUGAGAGACUGGAAAUAUCAGCUAGUAAUUUACAAGGGUCGGAUAUACUGCCUGAUUAGGUUGGGAUUCAGGCUGAAUUCAGCACUGAAGAUUAUGGCAACGAUUCUCAAAACCAUCCUGGGAAAGGUGGACAAAGUGAAAAGAGACACUAAUUCUUAUAUUGACAACAUCCUGGUGGACAAGAGCAUAGUGUCGGCAAAGGAGGUCAUAAGCCACCGUUUCGGGCUAACUGCCAAGCUACCAGAGGUGAUGGAAGCAGGAGCUACACUGAGACUCAAGCUACAGAGAGACAAGGUUGGCGCAUUGGUGUUCCGGAGAAGUAUUGAGAUCCCAGGACGAGUAGGUGAGAACUGUUUUCUGUGUGUGGGAAGCUGCUGGGACACUACCCAAUUGCAAGAUGGCCCCGGACAGCAUGCAGUUUCAUCAAGAGGCAAGCUGAUGGAGUGAGGUGGAAUGACAAAGUGGACGAGAAGACAACUGCCAUGAUGCAAGAAGUCUUGGAGAGAGUGACUGUGGAGGACUCAGUAAGAGGAAACUGGUGUGUGCCCAAAUUGAAGAAUGGGAUUGUGUGGUGUGAUGCUAGCAGCAUAGCAAUGGGAGUUGUCCUGGGAAUUGGAUGUGUCAUGGUGAAGGAUGCAGCCUGGCUCAGGAAGAAGGACAGCUGCAACCACAUCAACAUGGCAGAGCUGGAUGCUGUGUUGAAGGGGAUGAACCUGACCCUGAGGUAGGGGCUGUGUACCAUCGAGAUCUGGACCGAUUCAGCCACUGUACUUAGAUGGGUGGGAUCAGUGGUCACUGGCGAGCGGAGGGUACAAACCAAAAGGGGUGCAGAUAUGCUGAUAAGACGCCACUUGGAAAUUCUGGGUGAGCUAGCUGCCGAGUUUGACCUGAGGCUGAGUGUGGUUUUUGUGCCCUCUGAGAGGUAUAGAGUGGACGUCCUAACCAGAUUAAAGAAAGCCUGGUUGCAGGUGCUGGAGGUUCUGGAGCAAGGAGUGGCUGCAGUGUGUCAACUGCAUGACUUGGAGCUGAGGCGACUGCAUACCAUGCAUCACAUGGGGGUUGACAGGACCCUAUUCCUAGCCAGGAAAGUUGACCCUAACGUGACCAGGCAGAGUGUGCAGAGAGUAGUUGGGAGCUGCGACAGGUGCCAGUCCAUUGACCCCACUCCAGGUGUGCAUGAGGCAGGAAGCAUCCCAGCGGAACACAACUGGAAAUUUUUGGCAGUGGACAUAACGCACUACCGGCACGGGAAUGCCUCUCAAUGGUCAACUGCAGACCGGGGCGGUUGGCUAUAUGGAAAGAGAUGAAAACGGGGACUGUGGAGGAAAUUACAAGAAUACUAAAUAAGAUAUUCCUAGAACGAGUCAACGUGGAUAAGCUGCUUGUGGACAGUGACACUGCUUUUCACUUGGCGGUGCUGGAGGAAAUGCUCGACAAGUAGCAUGCUAGACAUUUCUUCAGGGUGGAAUACCGGCCAAGUGGCAAUUGGAUUGUGGAGAGGCAUCAUCACACCAUCAAGACCAUGGUAGAGAGAGGCUACAUCUCACCAGUCGAGGCCAUUUUUUGGUAUAAUAUGUCGCCCAGGUCAAGACAGACUGGGGAGUCAGUGCCACACAGGGCAAUAUUCAAGUACAAGUGGAGACAUCCAUGUACUGCAUCGCUGCAACCUGCAGAAGAGAAAGAGCAUGCCUUUGUGCAGGUUGGAGAAGAAGUCUGGGUUAAACCCCCAAAUGCGCAGUGCACUUCACAAUGGAGAAAGGGGACAAUAACCUGUGUAAAUUCGAGAAACAAUGUGUUCUGUAGAUGGCAUGUCACAUCAUGUUUUAGAUGUGAGCAGGAUCCUCGAUGCAUCGGAAGAUGCAACCAACAGUAAUGGAGAAGAGGACGAAGCUGGCAGCAACAUAUGCCAGGGACUGCGGCCAGUCCUGAAAUCCCACAGAGGGAGCAGUGUCCUCCUCACUGGUUGGCUCAUUAUGACACAAGAUAAGGUGUGUGAUCAGGGUUGAGGAGAGGAUGUGGGCAGGCUGGUUGAAUGAUCUUCAGAUCAGGUGGGGCGGGGUAUGUCAUGAACCAGGCUGUGUUGGAGGGAAAGACCAGAUGUGAGGGAGUAUGCAUGUCCUGUCAGAAUUGGGGCCUGUGGGUCCCACUGGAAGGGCCAUGAUGGGCAUGCGGGGUUGGUGAGGUGGCAGUGGACAGCAUAUGAGAGUAGACCUGCUAGACGGUACGCCAGCAGAUAAAACAUGUGGAAAGUUGUAAGUGAUCCCUUCCACAUAGACCGUACUUUGGCAGACAGAGCAUGUGGACAUUGUGAGUGACCCCUUCUUGAUAGACAGUUGUUGUGAUGGAUGAAAAAUGGGUCUGUUACCGCUGUACUUACAAAAACUCUCCACUCAAUCUACGAUGUAUGAUGUGUGAAACUUUAAGAGAAACCAAUCCCAACACUGGAAAAUGGAAAUGCUUGGCUUGUUCUUUCUCUGGAAACUCACUAUGCUAUCAGUCAUGUGAUAAUUGCGGAAAAUUCCAAGAUGACCUGUUAGCAUCACGUAAAGACCUGGUACCAAAUAACUUAAGUAAAGAAGGUUUUUGGCAAUGCAACGCCUGUACCUAUCAUUUUAACAAUUCCAACAGAAGCACAUGCGCAAUGUGUGGAACAAUAAAUAACCAUGAUGUAAAUUCUGAAAAAACAUGGACAUGCUCUGCAUGUACACUUAUAAAUCCAAUUAGUGCCAAACAAUGUGAAGUAUGUGAUACACCAACUUCAGAGGAGAGCUCUUUAAGCAAAUGGACAUGUCCUGUUUGUACUUGUGAUAAUUUUAAUACUCUUACAUGUAGAUUUUGCCAUUCUGAAAAAGUGUUGUCUAAUGUUGUGAAAAUGGAAUCGAAAUGGCAGUGUAGUGAGUGUAUGCAUUUGAAUAGUAAUUCAAGGCUGGAAUGUUUGUUAUGUAAAUCUUUACAUAACGACAGGAGCAAAUUAGAAGCUGCUUCUUCUAAUGUAUCAAGUUCUGACAAAGAAUUGAAGAGUUUGCAGACUACAUGUAUUAUGAAAUCCCAAGAAAAAGAAAUUCUGAAAAUUUGGAAAAACAUAUGUCUGUUUUGUGCUGAGCAAAAUAUUUGUUUUGUUGAUGAUUCCUUUCUACCAUGUCCGAAAUCCAUAUCCUGGUUACCCCAGUAUCCUCAUAUUGUUGAAUAUGUACAAUGGCUGCGACCAUCUUCAAUAUCUUCACGAAGUUGGACUGUCUAUGAAAAUCCAAGACCUGAUGAUAUUGUCCAAGGAAAAGUUGGUGACUGCUGGUUGAUGUCAGCAUUGGCAGUUAUUGCUGAACGCAGAGAAUUAAUUGAAAAUCUGAUUCCUAGUAAAUAUAGUAAAUGUGGUGUAUAUCAUGUUCGUCUCUAUCGUGAUGGUCAGUGGAAGAUGGUUAUAGUUGACGAUUUACUUCCUUGCGACAGGAAUGGGAAACUUAUCUUUUCUAAGGCUGAUCGAAAUCAGCUAUGGGUGCCAUUAAUUGAAAAAGCCAUGGCUAAAUUAUGUGGUUGUUAUGAAGCUUUGGCUGGUGGUACCUGCCAUGAAGCCCUACAAUCUCUCACUGGAGCUCCUUGUCUGAAGAUUGACUUAGAAUCUGAAGAUGAUGAAGCAUGGGCCUACUUGCUGAGUUCUUGGGAGUCCAGAUUUUUGAUUGCCUGUGCUUGUGGUGAUAAAGUAAAUUCCAAUGAUACAGAUUUGGACUACGAAAGUUUAGGACUAGCCAAAAAUCAUGCUUACUCAGUGUUGGAUGUUCAGGAGGUAGAAGGAAACAGACUUCUCCAGAUUCGUAACCCUUGGAAAUGCUUCAGUUGGAAAGGCAAAUGGUCCAAUGAUUCUCCACUUUGGGACACUAUUAAUCCAGCAACUAAACAUAAUCUACUUGCAAGGUGUGGUGAUGGAAAGUUCUGGAUGUGUUUCAAAGAUGUCCGAAGAAACUUCAAUAACAUGGAAGUGUGCAAAGUCUGUCCAGAUUGGCAUGAAAUGGGAAUCCAAGGGAGAUUUUUAUCUCAUGCAAACAUGCCAUUAAAAGUGCACAUUUUGACUGUUCAUAAAACUGCUGAAUUUGAUUUUUCCAUCUACCAAAAUGACAGAAGAAGCUGUUUUAAAGAUGGGAAACCUUGGUUACCUGUUGAUAUUUUGCUGCUUGUAUUUAAGUACAACCAAAAUGGUAAAUGUAUUUUGGGUGACUUAGUAGUAUGUCGGCGAAAGAUACAAUCUCACAUGAACUUGACUAAUGUAUUAGAAGUUGGAAGGUAUGCUGUUAUCUGCUUGGGUUUUAAUCAUUGGGAAGUAGGUAAUUCUACAAAUCCAAAUCUGAAUUCUGAUCCUAUUCCAUACAGACUUGUACUCCACUGCAUUAAAGCCUUUAUUCUGAGAGAGAUGAAGUUGGCAUCAAGUUAUGAUGAUUACUUUCUUCUGGCUGACACCAUCAUAAAACUCGUGCUUACUUUAGGCAAAAAGCAAACGAUUGCUGAAAAUGUUCAGAUAUAUUGUUUCUCAAAAGUAGGGACAAUAAUUAUGGCAGAAAACAAUUCCAGUUAUACUCCAGUAACAGUAUAUAUUAAUGGAAAUGAUAAGUCCAGAAACAUUGUGUCAAGCAGAGGGUCGUUUACUACAGCAGAUACUGUACCUCCAUUGCAUCGACAAGUUAUAAUGAUUUUCACACAGAGAGAAAAUGCCUACUACCGUAUAAGUUACAAUACAAAAGCUGAUUUUAAGGCUAACUGUGUUAAUUAUCCUCCAUUGGGCCUACAAGUUAAAGCUCUGCACUCACCACGCCCUAUAUAAAAAUGAAAAAUAACGGCAGCAACAAGACUUCAACUGUUGUGUUUUGCAAACAUAAAACAUCUCUUGUAGAUUAAAAUGUUAUUGGAAGAAAUGGUACAUGACAAUUUUCAGGAAAGCAAGAAAAUUUUGAUUAAAAUUCCACUUUUAACUAUCAAUUUUAAUAUCAACUUUUUUUUCUAUAAUUGUUAGACAUUUCACAGCAUCUGACAAUCUGCAAAUUAGGAAUUUAAUUGAAAGCAGUGCUUAAGCUGAAACUUUUCCACCAGGUUUGUGUGGUUAUAUUUCAUUGUUAAUAUAUCCACCUUGAGAAAGAAAAAAAACUAAUUUACAAAGGAGUGUUUUAAUAUGCAGCCUAUAUGAUGAAACAUUUCCUAUUGAGUGCAAUAAGAUGUUCCUCAUAUGAAAUAUAUUCAAUGAUGUGAAAAAACAAAGACACAAUGGUUUUCUCUUGUGCUACAUAUAAAAGGAUAUGCAUGUGAAUGUAUAUGUGAUUUUAGAGAAA